AAAAAAAAAAAGAGAAAGAAAGCAAAAGCAAAAUGACGAGCAAAAAUGAGAUUGCAGCAGGACGUAAAGGAUCUACAUCUCAGCGUCCGUCCUUUUUUCCAAGAUUGUCCUUAUUUCAAUGGUUCAUCCGGUUCUUACCUGCCAUCAUCUUUGCGUUCUACACCUAUUCCAGGAAGGGAGCUUUCCAACCCCCGACCUGCAUCGCCUUUGGUCUCAAUUGUCCUCAAGGAUCUGUUUAUCUGGAGGGCAUUCUCGAACGUCCUGACUAUUAUUCGCAAGUCCUCAAAUACUAUCUCUCUUUGUUCUCCAACAGUGAAGAUCUCGGUGGUUCCUUCGCGGUCUUUGUGGAGGGAAAGCCCGUGAUUGAUGUUUAUGCAGGCGCAAAGGAUCUGGCCAAGACUCAGAUCUACAAUAACAAGACUCUUCAGCAGGUCUAUUCCUCUGGUAAGGUCGUCGAGGGCAUUGUAAUUGCUCGGUUGGUCGAUCAAGGUUUAUUGGACUAUGAGAAACGGGUGGCGGACUACUGGCCUGAAUUUGCACAGAAUGACAAGGAGGAUGUUCGACUUGUGGACCUAAUGACUCAUGAAUCCGGAGUCUCUUACUUGGAUGAUGACGACGAAACCAACUUGAUGAGCUGGGCUCGAUUAAAAGAUGUAGAAUCAUUCUCACAGAGAUUGGCUCGUCAGCCUCAUCAUUUCAAGGGCGAGAAGAUUCGUGCGUACCAUGGCAUGACUCGUGGCUGGUUUUUGAAUGAGAUUGUCCGUCGAGUCGAUCCAAAGGGUCGAACCAUCGGUCAGAUUGCAGAACAAGACCUGAUGGGAGCAUACCCCGAUGUCGAAUUGUACUAUUCUAAAUUGCCAAAGGAAUCAGAUUGGGAGGACCGUCUGUCAGUGUGGCAUGAUUACCCUCUCCUAAGGACCAUUGGCCGUCUAUUGAUCCCACGGUUCAUUCAGACCAACAAAUACAUUGGCUACCCGUCUAUGGCACCUAUACAUCCCGUAGCCAAGGCGCUUGCUGUUGGUGGCAAGGACUUGGUUAAAAAGUCGUUCAUGCCAAAGUUCGCUAGCAGUCCCGAUCUUAUGCGCACCAAAGAGGCCCAUGAGAGUGAGAGUCCCAGCUUUUCGCUCAAGACUAAUGCUCAUUCGCUUGCCAGACUAAUGUCCAUGAUGGCUAACAAGGGCGCAUCCGUUAAUCCUGGUCAAGAACCUGAUCUGCUUAGUCAAGAAACCUAUACUAAGGCCACCACCUUCCACUCUUCUCAACUCGAUCAAAUCCUAGAUGAGACUCUCCCUAUGUCUGUGGGAGGUUGGGUUAAGCUUAAGGGCUUUAGUGGAAGUAAACUAUUGAAGGAUAUUGAGAUUCAAGGUUGGAGUGGUGCUGGUGGAUCCCUGACCAUUUGGAUUGAGGAACUUCACAUUGGGUUUUCAUUCGUGACCAAUGCCUUUGGUCCGUUCGAGGGGAUCCUGGGCGACUACCGAGGCGCUAAUCUGUUGGAUCGGGUCGUCUAUGCUAGAAAACAAGAACUUGGCCUCUUGCAAGAUGCAUCAAAGGAAUAGUGUGUGUUUACAUGCACAGAACAGGUUUAUUGAUAUGAACUUUUGAAGUAAAAGACAAAAAUAGUGGCACCAUAAACUAUGCGUGUGCAUGCUAUACUUUUUUUCUAGACUAAAAAUCGAAUUUUAUUGGGAAG